ACCCUGCUGGCCGUACCGUGUUACGUAUUCGAACUCUCUUCCGGUAAAUGACGUGCAGACGGGAAAUAUCAUUAUCCUUCAAUCUAACAAAAGAUUUAAUUGGACAGAAUUUCUGCAAUUAACCAAUCAAAAAUCUACAUUUAUCGCAACGUUGGCAGUGUUUGGAACAUGGCUGAAGGUGGAAAUUUGGUUUCUGUAGACUUUGAAGUCUUUGGAAAAGUUCAAGGUGUUUUCUUCAGAAGAUACACACAAAAGAAAGCUAAAGAGUUACACAUUGUUGGUUGGGUUAUGAAUACACAUCGUGGUACAGUUCUUUGGGACAACUGA